GCAUUCCCCACCCUUUUUCAUUUUAUUAUUUUUGUUUUAAAGAAAGAAAAAACAGAGUAAAAGAAUAAAAGGGGGGAGAAUCAGUACAAUGAAAAUAGGACAAAAUAAUACUGAGCUGUGUCCUGCUUCCUGCUAUGAGUUUCAAAUUAUGUCUAAACCAAGUUCAAGUCUUGCCCUCUUUCUUCAUUGACCUUUUUUCUUUGCCAUUCUGGUGUUACUGCAAAAACUGAACCAUUGCAUCAACACCUCAUGUCACAAUCUCUCUAACUCUCAAUUUUGUCUUUUGAUCCACCUGAAACCCUAAUUUUCUAGUAUAAGUAGAGGUAACAUUUCAGAGCAUGGGGGGGGGGGGGGGAUUUUUGAGAAAAACAGAGAAGAGAAAAACCAAAAAAACUCAUCUUUUCAUCACUUUUCCAACAAAUUCGAAAUCCAUUAAAACCACCUCCAACCUUCAAUUUUCUUCACCCAAAUCACUCCAAGCACCUACCUAAGCUUGAACCCACAAGAAAAACGAAGAAAAACCAUCAAAAAAAUCUUACACAAGGUUCAAAAAUAGCAAAGAAAAGUGUAGGUGUUAACCCACCAAGACAAAGCUCGAAACCAGGAACCAAACGGGCAAUAAUUACAUAGGCACAAGGGAUAUGACAUCUGUUAGAAGAAACACUUUUCCAUACCGUUUCCAAGUUCCGAAAGUGGAAGGUCUUGUAGCUCUUGAAGACAAAUUGACUCCUGCCAGCAAACACAACUUUCAACUCAAAUAUGGGUUAAUUCUAGAUCUCUUGCAUGUUAAGGUGGAUCCCGAAGCUCUGAUCACUCUGGUUCAACAUUAUGAUCCUCCACUCCGAUGCUUUACAUUUCAAGAUUUUCAGCUCUUUCCUACUUUAGAAGAGUUCGAAAGUUUUAUGAAUUUAAAGAUGGAAGGUCAAAUCUGUUACUUGGGUAAUAUUCCAUCAUUGGAGGAGAUAGCAAUAGCUUUGCAUAUGGGUGUACAAGAGGUUCCACCGCUCACCGAGAUCAAGCGUAAUUCUAGUGGAUCUUUGGUUAGGGGGUUUGCUAGAGAGGUCCUAGAAGUCAAGGCUCAAGAUGCUCUAACUGCUAGCAAUUGGGAAACUUACAAUGCUAUACUUGCUCUCUUAAUCUAUGGAUUGGUUUUGUUCCCUAAAGAAAGCGACUUCAUUGAUCUACCAACUAUCAGAGUUUUUCUGACUAAAAAUCCUGUUCCUACUCUUCUCGCUGAUUUCUUGUAUUCCCUUCAUGAUAGACGGAAAACAAGAAGAGGUGGGCCAAUCUGUUGUUGUGUUCCUCUAAUCUAUUUGUGGCUAAAAUCUCACCUGCCGAAAAAGGGACCUUUUGCUGAAAAAAACAUGCCAUGGUCGCAGAGGUUGAGAUCACUCUCUGAAAAAGAUGUUGUUUGGUACUCACGACGAGUAGAUUCUUCUAAAGUUCUCCUUCAAUGUGGGGAUUUUCCUAAUGUGCCUCUUAUUGGAACUUUAGGGUGCAUCAACCAUAACCCUAUUUUGUCUCUCCUUCAACUGGGAUACACUAUGGAAAGCGAACCAAAAGCUAACUUAUUAUCAGAAAUUUUCUUCAAAAAAGGAGAAAAUGAAGAACUUUUGAAGAAGAUUAGAUUAGCCUGGGGACUAGUUCUCAAGAAGACAAUGGGUAAAAAGAAUUGUAUAGCAAUGCCGUCAUACACUCAAUGGGUGAAAGAUCGAAUUCAAGAAAUCAAAUUACCUUUUGGUGUCAUCACUCCAAUUGAACCUCAGAAGCCGACGCCAGUUAUGACUGUUCCUAUUGAAGAGGCAAAGGCUUUGAAAGAUCAGAUUGUGGAUCUCAAAAAGAAGAAUGAGGAACUACAGUCCCAAUAUCACGAAGCUUUAGGGAAGUUGGCCCGGAAGAAGAGAGACUGUCAAGAGCAAGAAGAGUUGGUUCAAGACAACCAAAAAAGGUUAAAAGAAUCAGAAGAAAAAAGGAUGCACAUAGGGGGUGGUUUAAAAAGCGCCGAAGGGAGCAUUAUGGCAAAGAAAGAAAAAAUAGCAGAUGUCUGGCAUUCUAACCAAGAAUUGAGAAAGGAUAAUGAUCUACUUUGGAAAGCUUUACAAAAGCGGAAAAGCGAAUGCCACAAGAAAGAUCAAGAAUCACAAGAAAUUGCGGAAAUGUACAAAAAGUGUUUGCAAGAUGUGAAUGCCGAGGGGCAGAAGUUCAAGGAGCUCUUUAUUCAAGAAGAGUUGAAGAAUCGACAAAUGCAGGAGGAUAGAAAAAUGUAUGAAGAUUCCAUGAUUAAACAUAUGGAAUAUAGUGAAACUCAAAAAAAUCUUCUGGCUAGAAAAAUUGAUGAAAUGGAAGUUGAGUUGAAUAUGCACAAGGAAGAGAUUAAAGAGAUGAGAGUUGAGCUUAGCAUGCACAAAAAGGUCCUCAAUCUGGUUAAGCAUGAUGCUGUUAGAUUUCAAAAGGGCUUCACUGAUUUGAUUAAUCUCUCCCAUCAGACCAUGGAUGAGUUACCCCAGAGGUUAAGGAUAGCUGAGAUAGAGUUGCCUUUCUUCAAUGCUCCUGAAGGAAUCAGAAAUCUCAUGGGAUACUGCCGAAAGACUUUGGACUGUUAUAAGAAGAAGCUGAUUAGGGCUAGGAAGGGUUUAUGAUGUUGUAUUUGUUUUUCAUCUUUAUCUAUGUAAUGAGCUUCAAAGAACAUCAAUGCAAUAUUAUCUUUCAAUAAAA